AUGGCGGAUGAUGGCGGCGUUCUGCGCCGUUACCUUGAUGAAGGCAUCGAGCACUCCCGCAGCAAGCACUGUCAGAUCUCACCAUCCGAAGAAUCUGCUCCUCCCUGCCACCUUCUCUGUUGGCCAUCCAUGGAAGCUCCGGCCAUGGCUGCACCGCGAGGCGCCCUGCAGAGCCCGCUCCUCGGCGACGACACGACGGUGUCGCUGGACGCGACCCCGCGCCGCCGUUCCUGCGCUGCGCUGGCCAUCGCAGUGGCCCUGCUCGCCCUGGCCGGCGUCCUGCUGCUGCUCCUGGGCCCCGGCGCUGAGACCGACCGUAGUGUGAGGCUGGGCCGGCACGAGGUGGUGUCCGGGGCGGGCGCGGUGGCUGCCGACGACGGACGGUGCUCGGAGGUGGGGGCCGCGGCGCUGCGUGCCGGCGGGCACGCGGUGGACGCAGCCGUGGCGACGGCGCUCUGCCUGGGCGUGGUGCACCCAAUGUCGAGCGGCAUCGGCGGUGGCGCGUUCAUCGUGGUGAGGGACGCGGCCUCCGGCGAUGCCGUCGCCUUCGACGCCCGCGAGACCGCGCCGGCCGCGGCCACGCCGACUAUGUACGCCGCCGACCCGAUGUCCAAGUUCAAGGGCGCGCUUGCCAUGGGCGUCCCCGGGGAGCUCGCGGGCCUCCAUGCCGCGUGGUCGAGCUACGGGCGUCUGCCGUGGAACUCCCUCUUCGUGCCGGCGAUCAAGCUCGCGCGCGACGGCUACACCGUCGUGCCCUACGUCGCCAACGCGCUCAAGGCAGUGGAGGCCAACGUGCUUGCCGACCCCGGCCUGCGUGCCGUGUUCGCGCCGGAGGGGCAGGUCCUGGGCGCCGGCGCACUCUGUCGCAACCCGGCGCUCGCGGACACGCUGGAGGCCGUGGCGGAGCACGGCAUCUCGGUGCUCUACGGUGGCGCCGUCGGGGAGAGGCUCGUGGAGGACGUGAGGAGAGGUGGAGGGGUGGUGACGAUGGAUGAUCUGAACGGGUAUAGGGUGGAGGCCAGCGCCGCCUUGCGUGCCGACGCCAUGGGGUUCACCUUCCUUGGCAUGCCGCCGCCGUCCAGCGGCACCGUCGGAAUGGCACUGGUAUUGAACAUCUUGGGUGGGUACAAGUCGGCGGACUUUCUCAAAGGAUUUUUAGGCGUGCACCGGCUGAUCGAGGCGGUUAAGCACAUGCUGGCCGUCCGGAUGAACCUCGGCGACCCUGGCUUCGUCAACGCCGCUGGGAUCGUCUCCAAGAUGCUGUCGCCGGUGUUCGCCGAUAAGGUCCGGCAAAGGAUCGCCGACAACACCACUUUCCCUCCGGCCUACUACCUCCCAAAGUGGAGCCAGCUGCGUGACAAUGGCACGAGCCACCUGUGCGUGGUGGACGGCGACCGGAAUGCAGUGGCGAUGACAACGACGGUGAACUACUACUUCGGCGCACAGGUCCUCUCGCCGUCCACCGGCAUCGUGCUCAACAACGAGAUGGACGACUUUUCGGUGCCGUCAUCGUACCCGACCCCCCACCACCUCCCACCGGCGCCGGCCAACUUCAUCGCGGGGGGAAAGCGGCCGCUCUCAUCGAUGACACCGACGAUCAUCCUCAAGGAUGGGCAGCUGGCUGGCGUGGUGGGCGCAAGUGGCGGCACCAACAUCAUCGCGGCGGUGACACAGGUUUUCCUAAACCACUUCGUCCUCGGGAUGAACCCUCUCGCUGCCGUGCAGAGCCCAAGGGUGUACCAUAGUCUCGUGCCGAAUGUUGUGCGGUACGAGGACGAGACAGUGGUCGAUGGCGAGGUCAUCGAGCUCAAAGCAGAGGCGAGGGAGUUUUUGCGGAGGAGGGGUCAUGUGCUCAAGGGCACUGUGUGGUCAGCCGUGUGCCAGAUGAUAGUGCAAGACUUGCAGGCGCCAGUGUCAAGCGGCAGCGAGAACGUCUUCCACGGGAUGCUGACGGCCGUGAGCGAUCCAAGGAAAGACGGUAGCCCUGCCGGAGUAUGAUGAAAACAAUUGGGUGCAACGUCUUAAUCAAUGUUUAAUAAACGGAAAGGCUAUCUGGCGAACCUUCCUCGGGUGGGCGACUGUGGCAAACAGCCUCCCUACCUUCACACGGUUCUCAACGCAGGGGCAUUGCCAUGUCAAAUAAAUGGAGGCAUUCGCUAUCUGCCGAUUCAUGGCGAACUCUUGUUUUUUAUUUCAAAAAUGUGUAACAGAAGCCAGGUAGGUUUCGAAGGCAUGACCUCUUGCCAGAUUGUUGGGCUUUUUGUCACCAGGCUAGAGGGGGUCAUGAACAUUCAUGUUAAAACUAAUUUUUAUGUAUAACUUGGCA